GGGGACCCUGUCUGUAUCCUGUUUGUGUUAAGGACGGAGGGUGGAGGAGCACAGAACGCAGUGGAGACUUCCACACCGUGGACGCGUUUUACUGCUGCUGGUUGAAGACUGUUUUCAGCGACCCUACCCCACCAUCCUGCUGUGGAUCUCCUCUAUCUCAGCCAUCUUUUGACUACAUCACAGGCAGCAUCUAGACUGUUGGCUUGAGCUCCCAUGUUGGACCCUACUGUUUGUCUUAAUAUAAGGUAUUGCAGCCUCCCAGGUGCAACAGUUAGUGAGAGGAUGACUUCUCCAGAAAGCUAACAGACAGGAUGUUGCGGUGGAUAGUGUGUGGUCGGCUGGGACCUGUAUGGAUUUGGAAAGCACUUCUGCUUUUUCUGGCCAUUGCUUUUGCUGGCCAGCUGCUAGGGGUCAUCUUCAACAAAAGCACUGUCCAGCCAGCUGCACGAUCCAUCUUUUCUUCCCCUGAUGCUCAAGGGCCAUCUCUGGGAUCCUGUCAGCCCCACACUCACAUCAUGUUCCUUAAAACUCACAAGACUGCCAGCAGCACUGUGCUCAACAUGCUGUACCGCUUCGGAGAUGAGCACAGCCUCCGCUUUGCCUUGCCGCUGGGAUACCAGCUCGGCUACCCGCUGCCCUUCAAUGCUCAUAGGGUGAAAGGGUACCGAGGUCCCAGAGCCAUCGAGUUUCACAUCAUGGGCAAUCACAUGAGGUUUAAUAAGCCAGAGGUGGAGAAAGUAAUGCCUGCAGAUACAUUCUACUUUUCUAUUGUCAGAGACCCAGUCGCUCUGGCUGAAUCUUCCUUUGCCUAUUACAAAGAAGUGGCCCCAGCCUUUCGGAAAGCCAAAGGAUUGGGGGAAUUUGUAGAUGACCCUAAAAGAUUUUAUGAGCCUCGUCUACGGAACAACCACUAUGCCCGCAACCUGUUGUGGUUUGAUUUUGGCCUUGACCACAAUGCUAAUUUCUCCUUGGCACUUGCUCAGCUUGGGGAAGACAUGAUUCGAAGGACCUUCAACAUGGUUCUUGUUUCCGAGUACUUUGAUCAGUCCAUGAUCCUCUUGCGACAUGCCCUCUGCUGGCCACUGGAUGCUGUGGUCGCAUUUAGCCUAAAUGCUCGGCAGCAGAAGCCCAGCAGCACUGGUGGAGUGGGUGAGAGCUGGGUGGGCAAAGCGGCAGCAGCAGCUGGUGUUGGUAUUAGAGGUGGGCAUGUACAAGCAAAACUACCACCAAAUCUUUCCCUAACAGACGAGCAACGGGAAAAGCUUAGACAGUGGAAUGCCUUUGAUUGGUACCUAUACAAAGCCUUCAACAAAACCUUCUGGAAAGAAAUUGACAAGUUUGGUCGUACUCAGAUGGAAAAAGAAGUAAAUCUACUCAGGAUGCGUAGGGAAGACCUGGCCCGAGUUUGCCUCAAAGACGGUGGGAAGCCUGUGGAAGCUCACCAAAUUCGGGACAAAAACAUUAGACCUUUCCAAAGUGGAUUAGUUAAAAUUCUUGGCUAUGAGCUCCAGUCGGGGCUAGACAAUGUCACUCGGAUGUUGUGCGUGAGGAUGAUCAGGCCUGAGAUCCAGUACAAAGACGUGUUGGAUUCUAAACAGUUUCCACAGGCCCAUGCUAUCCAAGCUCAGCAACAGAGGCUGAUAGUGGCAGUUGGUGGGACCUUUUUAAAACAAGAUCCACCUUGGAAAGGAAAAAAAGAGAUGGGAGGGGUAGUUGGAGUCGGAGGGAGGACUCUGGAGGAGGGAAUGAAAGACUGGGACAGUAGCCUUUUAAAUAGGAACAACCAGACGAUGGUACGAGAACAUGAAAAACGAAGACUUAGAUAGGAAACAAAUGUUUUCUAUCUCUAGAGCUUUGAAAUGGCUUAGAAAUAGACAAAGGAUUGUUUUGUUUACCUUGUGAAAACAAGAAGGUCUUCUACUGUUCUGGCUUGUUUCUAUAAAUACUGUCAUAGCUGUAGUUAAUGUUGUGGUCAUCAGAUGUUUAAUAGAAGCAAUCACUAGGGUUGGGUGGUAUUCAUUUCUGACAUUUAGCUAUCCUCAGAUUAUACUCGCUAUAAGGUAUUAAGAGUCUGCCUAAGAAUGGCUUGUCUGGAGGUUUUUAUUGUUAGGCAUUCUGAGGUUAUAUUUUUUACCAUUAAUUAAUUACCAUGGCCCAUCUAGUAAGCACAUUAUUGAAUCUCAAUAUCUCCAGAGAAAAAAAACUGAGCUCACGUUAAAAGAAUUGUUUGGAUUUUUGAAGUAGAAUUCUGUGGAAGGGUUGGGGGUGUUUAAUACCUGCAGCAGGAAAGUCCUCCAACCAUGUUAUAUUGGAUAAAGAGAAAGAUGUUCAGACCAUCCAAUUAAUUCCCCUUCCAAUCAUGGUUCCAGCACCACAUGGCUUCACUCAUUGAUACACUGACAGCUGGAUACAGUGUCACCCAUGUAUUCUGUUUUCUACAGUAUUAUAAUUGUUCUUCAUGGUUUUUGAGCAUUUCCAGCAUGCGGUAAAAUCUGUGGCUUGAAAUAAUAUAUUCUCUCCGCUAACUCGACGAACACUUUCUCAUAGCCAAUCAAUUGUCUGUUUCUGUCACAUUUCGGCCCUGCUCAGCCCCGAUGGAAAGGUACCAAGAAAGCCAGUACCGGGCCAGAAAAGUCUGUAAUAAAAACUAUCCCAAAACAAGCUGAGCGAAGUGGAGCCGGCCAAAGUGUAGCCUAUGGAAAAGGGGCAUAAGAUAACCCCUGCUCAGAUCAGGUCCUCGACCAAAUCGAAUGGGUGGUUGAUGCAAAUGUUAUAAUUAUUAAUACCUUCCUAAACCUUUAAACCACCACCACAUUUGUAUGAAAUGUUUUUACAUACUUAUUUGUAAUAGAACUGUGACAUCCCUAGUUAAGUUUAAAUGACCUCAUGCAGGAAAUAUGGAACGUAAUAAUUCUAUUUAAAUGAGAAAGUAAGGCAGUGUAAAAUCAAUAAAAUAGUGUUGACUUGAAUCCCUGUAAUAUUUUUGUUUGUUUUUUUACAUUACAUCACUUUUGUAUCUCUUGCUUGAAUUCUAAGAUCUUAGCUUAGCGGGACGGUCCAGACCUUUUUUACCUUUACCCAAGCUGGGUGGAAUGAAGACGUUGGGCAGUGCAGGUCAACUUAUUCCUCAUAACCUCUCCAUAAAAUCCUACUUAAAAAACUCUGGACGAUCCAUUUUAACUCUGGAUGUUACAAAUUAGAAAAGCUUACUGUUGCAUUGCAGAUAUGAAAUGAGGAAGCUGCUCAGCAUUACUACACAAUUGUUUGUUGAUCUGAGGAAAUUAAAUUCAAAUUUAUGUUUUCAACUACAGUAUGCAAAGUAAUGCACGGGCCAUUUCUGAAUAGGUAUUACUACAUUACCACCCAACUCUAGCAUUAACAAUAUCCAAAAGCUGUGUGUACUGUCUGUUCUGCUUGUUUUUUUACCAGACCUUUUUAAAAUGUUGGUACUGCCUUUUAUUGUAUAAGAGAACUGACACUGAAAGCCUGCUCCUUGUUGUGAGAGUUUUCAUAAUAAGCCUGGUGUAAUGUGCAAGACUUUAUAAAAUAUUUUCCUCUGUCAUCAUCUUCAA